UUGAUGUGGGUUUCAAACCCACCAACCGAGAUCAUGACCUGAGCUGAAGCCAGACGCUUAACUGACUGAGCCACCCAGGUGCCCCAAGGCCUAGUACUUUCUGGUAGUCUAUCUUUCAUGUUCUCAAUGAGUUUUGAGAUACAGACCUACAUUUUUAAAAUUCUAAUUUUCUACUAUUGAAUUAUUUACAGCAAAUAUUUUUUACUGAGCUGAUGUACUAAGAGUGAAGCAAACCCCUUAGACUGCACUGGAGAUUUACUUUCCACCAUCUUCUGGAAUGCCCCACUUAAACCCAUGUUGGUAACACACGAAACAGAAAACCUUUGUCACAGAUUCUAUCUUGAUGUUGGUUAAACUCACAAUUUAUCUUUUCCUUCAUGUCUUCUUAUAAAGUAAUUGCUUGCCUUGAGAAGGAGGUCUGUGCAGGGUCUGGGUCACUCUCAUGGCUGCUGUCUCCCUUUGAGGGAGCUGGAGGGCGAGGUGCUCCGGUCCAUCUGCCUCAACUACUUGAGAGACCCCGUAGCCAUCAGCUGCGAUCACGUCUUCUGCUACCGCUGCAUCAUUCAGGUAAAAUUUUAAAUAAUCUGAGGAUUCUGAAGGGGGACUGAGACAGGAUCCAGAAUUUUCAGUCAACAGGAGAAGAUGAGGUUCAGGCCCUGCUGGGCCACCAGUUCCUGAGAGAAAGGGAGCUGUACCUACUGGACCUGCUGGAAAGGAUAGAGUAAGAGCUCGUCCACGGGAGGAACAGCCAUGUCACCAAGAGCUCAGAGGACGCCGUCCGGCUUGGAACCCUCAUUUCUGAGUUGGAAAAAAUGGCUCAGCAGCCUGCAGUUGAGCUUUUGCAGGACCUGAGUGACGUCAUAAGCAAAUACUCCUGGAAGAAGCUCUGGAUUGAAAAGUGCUGUCAGUGCUGCAAUCAAAAGGCAGGAAAAUUGAGGAGGGAUCUGGAGUAUAAGACCACGAGGAUCGUCCUGAAUUCCCAGCCAGCCAAUGGCUGCCUCUCAGUGUCUCCCAAUGAGAAAAGCCUGAUAUUCACUGGUUUGUGGAUGAACAAAUACCAACAUGGUUGGAGAUUUGACCCUGAGCCUGGAGUGCUUGUCAGUAGGGGCUUCACGUGGGGCAAAGUGUACUGGGAGGUGAGGGUGGACAGGAUAUGGUGGGGGGCAGAGGAGGAAGAUGCAGUGUGUUACUGGGGUGGAGCCAGAGACAUGUUUGGCACUAGCUACCUGGGUGGGUUAGUGGGCACCCCUGGUGGUUACAGUCCCACCGGGUACAGAAAUGAGAAUGAAAAUGGAAUAUGGCUGAAAUUCUGCCUGGUGGGGAUGGCCAGAGAGUCGGUGGUGAGGAGAGGGUGUCUCGCCUUCACCCCUGAGGAGGGGUUCUGGAUGCAGCUCUCCUCAGCUGGGGUGUAUGUAGGUACCAGUCUCGAGCCUUUCCAGAUCCUGUCAUGUUGUCCAAGGCAGACUGGAGUUGCUCUGGAUUAUCAUGGUGGGAAGGUGACCUUUACCAAUGCCAGGACUCAGGAGUUAAUCUACAAGUUCUUCUCUUCCUUCACGGGGAGAGUUUUCCCUUUCCUGUGGCUUGACUGUAUGAGAGGCAGACUCAUGCUGAGGCUCUAAGACAAGGUCUCAUUUGGCCUGUAUUCCUCUGUGUCAUUCCCAACUUCCCACUCAGCUAGACUGUCUGUCUGGGCUUCCAAACACCCUUAGAUCAUGGGACCAGCACGGUGGAGGCAGGAGUCCCUGAUCCUUUCCACUUGGUCUCUAAAAUAGGGAUGACACUCAUCUGCCCUCUCUGCAGAGUUAGGGUUGGAAUGUCUUCAAAGCACUUAUUAAAAUAUGUGUUCUUGUUAA